AUGGCGGACUUGAAUAAUUACAAGGAGAUGAAUUCAUAUGCUGAAGGGACAUAUAUAAUGCCUAAUAAGAUAGAAAAUGUGUAUUGCCGUAAUAUGGAUACAACUCCUAAUUUUGGUGACAAAUAUUAUGAUACAGAAUACGUGUUUCCUAAUAAUAUGACGAUGCCCGUAUGGAAUAAUUACAAUAUGAAUAUUCCUAAUUAUAAUAGUGCUGCACAAAUUUCCGAGGAAUUAAUGCCGAAUCAGCUUUAUUCAACAAUGGAUGACCCUUCUGCAAGAAACACAAAUUAUGGAACAUUAAAUGUACGAUUAUGUAACAAGGACAGGGUAUUUUAUGCAAAUAAUGAAAGAGAUGGAAAUGUACAUGAGAACAAUGUAAUUAGGUAUCCACGAUUUGAUAUGAAUGCUGCUCCAAGGGUUAAUCGCAGAUCUGAUUUUCCUAGAAAUACUUGUCAUGCGAGAAGAAAUUUAAGAAGAAAUAUUAUGCAUGAAAGAUAUAAUAGGAUAAGAAGAGAAGCCCCAUUUAAUAUGGAUAUGUAUGGGAAAAAUCAGAAUAGGAAUUAUUCCUGUAAUUGUUUAUAUAUUUAUAGGAAUAUUUACAAAAAUAGAUAUGAUGUUGUUGAUAUGAAACAAGUACAUACCGAAUUAAUAUAUCUCAUUAUCAAAUAUUUAUACUAUGAAAGAAUAUUACCUGAAGCUAAUGAAAUAAAAAGAAAAAUUAAUAAAUAUUUUCCGGAUUGUCCUAUAUUGAAUAACAACUUCAUAAAUAUUUGUAGAGAAGAUAUACUAAAUAUAUUUGAUAUAUACAAAGCCAACUCACAGGAAAAGGAAGACAAAAAAUCAAAAAACUAUUACAAAAAAACAUAUAAUAAUGAAAAUAUUUGUAUAUAUCUUAGAGGAAUUCCCAGAGAUUAUUUCAUCAAUCCUAAUGAUGAUAAUGAAAAUAUAUCUUCGUAUAUUCCAUUAAUCUUUAUUCAUAUCAUUGAUAGAUUUAGACUUCAAUCCAAUGAUAAUAACCACAAAGGAGGAAGAUAUAUUUUAGCGGAGACCUUAAAGCACACUGGACCCUAUAUUUUCAGGACAAUGAAAUUAGGAAGGAUUAUACACAUAUUACAAAAAUGCAUAGAUUUGAAUAUUCUGUCCUAUUUCAAUAAUAAUAUUAUUCCUAUAUUUACAUCCAUGUCCAUUUCCAAAACGUAUGUAUCCAAAUUGCAUGUUAAUGAAACACCUGCCUUGAAAAACCAUCAAGAAAACUCCAUUAACUUAAUAAAAAGUAGGAUUAGUUAUUUAUUAUAUAGCUUUUCGGAGGAUAAAACAAAAUCCAAAGGUUUUUCCCUUAGCAGAUUACCCUUAAUAUACAAAAAUGUGUACAAGGAAAAUAUAAAUAUCGAUCAAAUAGGAUAUUCAAAAUUGACGGAAUUUAUCAAUAAUGAGAUGAGUGAUAUUUGUUACAUUUCGACCCAGCAUAAAUUUCAGUGCAUAUUGUUGCCUGUUAUGGAAGAUGAGCAAAAACACAGGGAUAAGAAUGCAAAAUUAAGAAAAGAGACAGAAUUAAAGAAAUCCUUAGAUUACAUCAAAAAUUAUAGAUGGGAACGUUGUAUAUCCUAUUUGCAUUAUUCCAACUGCUUAAAAGAUAAGAAUAUAGAAUUUGAAUUGGAAUAUAAUUAUUGUAACCCCACCUUAGAAGAGUUAAAAAAAGAUAUGCAUUUUUAUGAUGAAGAGGACGAUAAUGAAGAAGAAAGUACACAAAAUGAUAAUCCAAAUGAUAAAACAGAUGACGUACCAUUAUUAUUACCUUUGGAUGUAUUCAAUUUACCAUCAACUUAUGAUAUGUAUGAUUCAUAUUAUAAAUCUUCCACAUAUUAUAGUAAAGACGAAAAAGAAGAUAAGGCAAAAAUUAAAUUUCCAGAUAAUUCACAAAACAAAUUUGAUAUUAUGUGUGAUUUUAAAAAAUGCGAAAAUACUAACAUAUCUGUGGAAGAAUCAAUUAAUUUAAAUCAUAUGUAUUAUAACUUUCCUUCUUCAUAUUAUGUCUUCAACUAUUUAUUUAACGAUUAUGUGGAAGAUUUAUCUGUGGUAGAUCAAAUUAGAAUACAAUAA